UACAGAAAUAUCAAGCGAACAAGAAAGAUCUCAAAAGAGAAAAGCAAGUGAAGCAAAGUUUUAACGCCAAAGUUAAAGAAAGUGAAGCAAAGUUUAAAUAGAAAAGUUAAAUCAAGUGAAAUAAAAAGCGAAAAAAUGGUUGCAAUUGGAAUUGAUUUGGGCACCACUUACUCCUGCGUGGGUGUCUUUGAGCACGGCAAGGUGGAGAUCAUCGCCAAUGAUCAGGGCAAUCGCACCACACCAUCGUAUGUGGCUUUUACAGACACAGAGCGUCUCAUUGGGGAUGCUGCGAAGAAUCAGGUGGCGAUGAACCCAAAGAAUACCAUCUUCGACGCUAAGAGGCUCAUUGGGAGGAAGUUCGACGAUCAGAAAAUUCAGGAAGACAUCAAACAUUGGCCAUUCGCAGUGGUGAGUGAGGCUGGAAAGCCCAAACUGGUGGCGGAAUUCAAGGGAGAGAAGAAGCGCUUCUCUCCGGAGGAGAUCAGCUCAAUGGUGCUGACAAAGAUGAAGGAAACAGCUGAAGCAUAUCUUGGGCAAUCAGUCUCCGAUGCAGUAAUCACCGUUCCAGCCUACUUCAAUGAUUCCCAGCGGCAGGCUACCAAAGAUGCUGGCGCUAUUGCAGGACUCAAUGUUCUGCGGAUCAUCAAUGAGCCCACAGCAGCUGCCCUGGCCUAUGGAUUGGAUAAGAAUCUCAAAGGGGAGAAGAAUGUGCUGAUUUUUGAUCUCGGCGGUGGCACCUUUGACGUCUCCAUCCUCACCAUUGACGAAGGAUCGCUAUUUGAGGUGCGAGCAACAGCUGGUGACACCCAUCUCGGUGGAGAGGACUUCGACAACCGCAUGGUGAAUCAUUUCGUGGAGGAAUUCAAGAGGAAGUUCAAAAAGGAUCUCACCACCAAUCCACGAGCUCUCAGACGUCUCCGCACGGCUUGCGAGAGGGCAAAGAGAACACUUUCAUCCAGCACUGAGGCUAGCAUUGAGAUUGAUGCUCUUCUCGAUGGUAUUGACUUCUACACAAAAAUCUCCAGGGCAAGAUUCGAGGAACUCUGUUCGGAUCUCUUCAGAGGCACCCUGGAACCCGUUGAGAAAGCUCUGAGGGAUGCAAAGAUGGACAAAACACAAAUUCACGACAUUGUCAUGGUGGGAGGAUCAACGAGAAUUCCAAAGAUUCAAAAUCUCAUCCAGAACUACUUCAACGGGAAAGCACUGAAUCUCUCCAUUAAUCCCGAUGAAGCUGUCGCCUAUGGAGCUGCCAUUCAGGCUGCAAUUCUAACUGGGAGCAAAGAUUCAAAGAUCCAAGAUGUUCUCCUUGUGGAUGUGGCUCCCCUAUCUCUGGGAAUUGAGACAGCUGGUGGAGUUAUGACAAAGAUCAUCGAGAGGAACUCCAGGAUCCCAUGCAAGCAGACCCAGACCUUCACAACUUAUGCUGACAAUCAACCUGGAGUGAAUAUUCAGGUGUUUGAGGGAGAACGCGCCAUGACACGUGACAACAAUCUUCUUGGGAAGUUUGAUCUGUCUGGGAUUCCUCCAGCUCCACGAGGAGUGCCCAAGAUUGAGGUGACAUUCGACAUGGAUGCAAAUGGAAUUCUCAAUGUGUCAGCAAAGGAAAUGGGUACUGGAAAGGCGAAGAAUAUCACCAUUAAGAAUGACAGAGGAAGACUCAGCCAGGCAGAGAUUGAUCGCAUGGUGGAAGAGGCUGAGCGCUAUCGCGAAGAGGAUGAGCGUCAGAGGGAGAAAAUUGCAGCCCGCAAUCAACUUGAGGGCUACAUCUUCAAUCUUAAGCAGACACUGGACACAGCUGGAGAUAAACUAUCUGCUGAUGAUCGCGACAAGGUGCGCCAGAGCUGCGAUGAUGCCCUCAAAUGGUUGGACUGCAACACGCUGGCUGAGAAGGAAGAGUACGAGCACAAAAUGAAGGAUCUUCAGAGCGUUUGCAGUCCCAUAAUGACAAAACUUCAUAGUGCAGGAGGAUCCUGUGGGCAGCAAGCUGGUGGAUUCCAAGGCAGGACUGGGCCAACAGUUGAGGAAGUUGAUUAAGCAACAAUUUGUGAUUUAGCUUUAAGGAUCAUUAAAUAGUAUUAAGUUAAAUAAAAUGUAAGUUCGGUUUAAGAAAAAAUGUAAAUAGACUGACAUUUAAUGAAAUAAAGAAAAAAAUAUAAAAUAAAAUAAAA